CUGGAACUUGUUUAGGUACAAGGUGCAUUCUGGUCCUUCAUCACUGUCUACAGCAUCGGGGUCUAUGGCUGCAACUUCGACUUCCCCUUCGAGGACACCACGCACACCACGGUCAUGGACCUCUUCUAUUAUUCCUACUUCUAUGGGCAAUGCAGAUACCCAGAUUUAGGCACCCUGCAUUAUACCAACAGAAUUAUCAACCCGCAUCCUCAACGGACCUAUAUCCUGAUGAUUAUAUAUGGAGUGCUGAGCGCAAUAUGGAUACCAUCUUCUAUUCUCAUUUUAGUUAUAGCUGUGAAUAAAAUCCACGGUAAGAGAGGAUCAAGAUGCUAUUGGCCCUGGAUUGUGACGACAGGCAUUUUGAACUUGCUGGAUGUCGCAGCCUCCAUAAUAUACAUCGUCGACAUUACCAGGUCUUUAACUACGAAGGACUACGCAGAAUACUUCCAUUAUUAUUACGACCUGAGGGACGUGGACGGCCUGACUGUGCUGCCAGCAGUCCUCAUGACGUUGCUGUCUUGCAGGCUGGUCAUCGUGUGGCUCAUCAACCUCAUCCUCUUCGGCGUGGUCAUCCAGGCGUCGAGGGCCCUCAGGAGGCUGAGUCCUGCGGCCGCCUUCGUGGAGAGUGACGCUCGAAUGACUCCUACCGCAGGAUAUGGCAAGACAUCGAGUUGGGUCCACAUCAGGAAGCAGCCAACGACUGAGCCCCAGGAGAUCAGCCUGCCCAGACUGUCGCCUCAGAUCAGUGAGCGAAGGCCAGAACGGCCGUCGGCACUCCCCCUAGAGGGGCCUCUCAGCCGCCCCCAGAGGCCUGUCCUGAGGCCGCUGGCGAUGGCCCCCCCUUCCAGCCCGCCCCCACCACCUCCAGGCAGCGGCUUCAUGAUCAACAGUCCUCCCCCCAUAGUGCUCCCCAGUCCCUCCUCACCCUUCUAUGAUGUCUAUGGCAAGCCCACCACCCCGGACAGUCCACAGCCAUCCUUCGUCAAGACGAGGAAUCCUCUAUUCGAUUUAACCGGCAAAACAGAAGGGAUCAACAACAACAUGCCCUGGUCCUACAUGAACCCGAACCAACAACAGUCUCGCAAAGCAAUGCCCGAUCCAGACUACACCAUCCACCCCAAGAGGCCCAGCCCACCCAACACAAUCAUACCUCAAGGAGAUAGCGAUACUUCUUCCUUACCAAAAAGAGCAGAAGGGGUGAAGAACAAGAUGGCGUGGUCCUACACGGGCCCUCAGCAGGUGCCCGAACCUGAUUACACCGUCAGGCAAAAGAGAUCCACUCCGAGGGGCUCCACGCCAUCCGAAGAUGGAGAUGUCUUCUCGCCAACUAGGAGAUUUGAAAACAAUCCCAAUGUGUGGAAGGUAAUGUGAAGAUAACAAACUUAUCAACAAUUCAAGUCACUUGAAAAAAAAACAAAUAUAAAAUGAUUUUUGAAAAUAAAA